AUUAAGUGGAGCGAGCUCUCUCCACUCUCCUUUGCUUCUUCCACCACGCUGUCUCUUCUAUAAAAACCCUGGCUAAUCUUCUUCUCGUCAUCGUCCACCGAGUGUGUUAGUUCUUGGUGUUCGUGCUGGUUGACUCCAUGGAUCGCUUCCGUUCUCUUCUUACAUUGUUCUUACUUGCUGUAGUCGGUCAUGCAGCGUUGCCUCCUCGGCUGGUCGACUGGAACUCGGUCGUCCCCAACACUCCCAUGCCGAGCGCCAUCAGUGAUCUUAAAAACCCUGAUGUCACUGAUGAGCAGAAGUCAGGUACCAAUGUGAGCGUCGGCAUGGGAGGCGUGAACGUGAGCUCCAAGGGGGAUAGUGGCGGCGCCACCGUCAAAGUUGGCGAGGGCGGCGUCCAUGUGGGCACCUGGAAGCCCGGUGGCGGAACCACCUUUGAUGUCGGGGAAGAAGGUGUGAACGUGAACACCAGCCACGAGGGGGGAGGGCGGCCCGUUGUUGUCAGGGUGCCUUUCAGCAGUGGCUUGUCCUUCUCAUAUGCUGCCGCCGAGAGACAGAUCCAUGAUGACCCCAGCGUCGCCCUCUUCUACCUGGAGAAGGGCUUUAAGUCUGGCUCCAAGUCGAGCGUACAAUUCAAGAAGACCACCACCGGCGCAGCUUUUCAUCCGCGAAAAGAAGCAGAGUCCAUACCCUUCUCGUCGGCGAAGCUCCCGGAGAUUCUUAACUACUACGGCGUCAAUCCUGGUUCAGCAGAAGCACUGGUGAUGGAGAAGACGGUUCAAGAGUGCGAGAACCUGGCAGCGAGGUGGGGAGGCGCAGUUCUGCGCCACCUCGCUCGAGUCCAUGGUGGAGUUCAGCAUGUCGAGCCUGGGGACACGCGACGUCACGGCGGUGUCGACCGCCGUCGGCAAGGCGGGCUCGACGCUGCAGUUGUACACGAUCACCGAAGGAAGCCAAGGCCCGGCUACAGACCGGUGGCGUGCCACCCGGUAGCAUACAAGUACGCGGUAUUCUACUGCCACACGACGGCGACGAGCAAGGCGUCCAGGGUGGGCCUAGUGGGGGCAGACAGCGCAGUUGGCGGAGGCUGUGGCGGUGUGCCACACCGACACCAAGGCGUGGAACCCCAACCACGUCGGCUUCAAGGUGCUCGAGGUGAAGCCCGGCUAGGUGCCGGUGUGCCACUUCCUGCCGGAGAACCACGUCGUGUGGAGCCGCAGCACUUGAAGUAGCUCAUCCACACCCUGCCGUGUUCAAUAAUGGAGAAAAUCAUAGUCUCUAUCUGUGUGUUUGAGAGAGAGAGAGAGAGAGAGAGAGGCAGCUAUUUGCUUCUCGUGUUGCACACGUAAAUGCAUCUUCGUUAUGUAACAACAACAAUAAUAAUAGCAGCAUUUGGAGCUCUA